AUGAACACUACGCACGUUCCAGAGCCACACAGAACAGAGCAACACACCGAGAACCAGCCACACUGGAAGAAGAUCCUCGGUAUUGCUCCAUUCGUGUCAAUUGCAUUCCCUGCCGUCAUGUACUUCAUCCUCACCAAAGACAGUUUCAAAGAUAGCCCUUUCCUCAAAUUCAUCACUGUCCUCCUCCCCUAUCUACAUCCGCCAGUCCUGCAUCUUCUCCUGCUCCACACCAACUGGAGGAAGACCCACAAGUCCAAACACACCAUACUCUACUGCCUCGUCAACCUCUUGCUUCUUGCAUUUGCCGUCGCCAACAUUCUUUCCAUCGUUGCACUCAUUGUUGAUAAACAGAAAAGGACUGAUGAUCUACUCCUCCACUCCAUCAUCCUCCCUUCCUUCUUCAUACCUCCCGCCUAUCUCCUCUCCACCUCCUGCUGCCUUGUUCCAGGACAGAUUGGAUUCACAGAUACCGGCAUCAACGUCAUCAUCGACAUCCUGAUACUAAUAUGCCCUGCAAUAAGCUUAGUACUUGUGGAUGAAAAAUCCAAGUACUAUCCCUACUCUACCGCCAUCCCUUCUAUCCUCAUCCUGGUAAGACUGUUCAGGGAGAAAUGCUCUCCGCCCAAGCAGAGUUCUCCACCCAUCCCAACCUGGAGAGUAGCUGCCUUUGUCUUCAUACUCGUCCUUGCUGUACUUGUCUAUGGACUCUUGGGAUCUGGAUCUAUAAUCACACUGUACGAUCACUUCCAUCCACCUAAAGGUGCAGAUGCUACUUCUUCAUAA